AGGAACGAGCAGUCUACAUCUUUUGGCCAUUGCAGUUGAAGACCGAAUCACUCUUCUCCCGUUCAAGGCAUGUUGAGUAGUAGCUCGGGGUGGCGGCUAUGCUCAACAUGCAUUGGACCUUUGCUGCGCACGGCAGCUAGAACUCCUUGUUAUCGAACCCGCUUCCAGAGCUCGGCAACGAUACCCUCUGGAAUUGUGGAGGAAAUAUCGCCGAUUCUUCUGCAACGCGCAAGGGCGGUCGCUGCUGAACACCAGCAGCUAGCGGCCGCGAACGCGGAGAACUAUGAUGUCGCCGUCGCGAAGAGGAUCGGGGAGCUGGGUCCCGUCUCUGCGGCGUUAAAAGAGUGGGAUGAUGCACAGAAUUCUCUCAAAGAACUCAACGCUCUCCUGCACGACCCUUCUUCUGAUUCCGAGCUUCGCUCCCUCGCGGAGACCGACAUCCAAGCUACCACCACCUCUCUGCACUCGCUUGCCUCAAAUCUCAAGAGGUCGCUCAUCCCGCCACACCCUUUCGCCUCUAUGCCUUGUCUGAUCGAAAUCCACCCGGGCGCUGGAGGCUCCGAGGCCUCCCUCUUCGCCCAGUCCCUGUUGAACAUGUACACCGACUUGUGCGCGCGGAAGAGAUGGCCCACGGCACUGGCGAGCUAUACGCCGGACGACUCGACCCACGAGGCGGGACUGACUGACGCGCUGCUAGAAGUCAACCAUCCAGGAUCGUACGAUGUGCUGAGGACCGAGGCCGGGGUCCAUCGCGUGCAGCGCGUCCCCGCGACGGAGAAGAAAGGCCGCACGCACACCAGCGCCGUGUCGGUGCUCGUGCUCCCCAACCUGCCCGACUCGCCGGCCCACGCCGAGGGCCUGGACUACGACGACCCGAACUCGGACUACUACAUCUCGCCGGCGGAGGUCAAGUCGGAGACGAUGCGCGCGCGGGGCGCGGGCGGCCAGCACGUCAACAAGACCGACUCGGCGGUGCGGCUGACGCAUCUGCCGACGGGCACGGUGGUGGCGAUGCAGGAGUCGCGCUCCCAGCACAAGAACCGCGAAAAGGCCUGGACCCUGCUGCGCGCCAAGCUGGCCCAGAUGCGCCGCGAGCAGCGCGAGGCCGAGGUCAUCAACAUGCGCCGCGCCGCCAUGGGCGGCGUCGCCCGCACCGGCAGGGAGGACAAGAUCCGCACCUACAACUUCUCCCAGAACCGGGUCACCGACCACCGCUGCGGCGUCGAGAGUAGCGACCUCGACGGCGUCCUGGGCGGAGGACAGAGCUUGGAGGCCGUCAUGGGCAGUGUCCGCGAGUGGAUGAACGAGGAAGAAGUCAGGGGCUUGGUGGCCGAGGAAGAGAUGAAGAUGAAACCCAACCAAGGUACCAAUAGCAAUGGCAAUGGCAAUGGGAAGAAAUGAGACACGUCCGAAUGUAUUGUGGCAUCUUGGUGAUGCUUUCUCUUCAUUUUUGGGGGGCACUGCAAUCGCAUGGUGCCAUGCUACAUACAGCAGAAGCGCUUGCUAGUCCGCUGCAGCACAAGUGUGAGCUCUUCAUUCCUGCCUUGAUCACUGGCUGUGCUCGGUUCUCAAUUCGAAAAGCUCAUUUCAGUCCUUCAAGUCUGUCAUCAGUCACUGCCAUGCCCAUGGGUAUCAUGCCCUCUGUCCAAAGCUCGUCAUGUUGCUUGGUACUCUGCCCUUAGCUCGAUGUUUUUCAGCCAACAGCAUCUCUGUCACCAAUGUUCACUGCUCCUAGCAGCCUCGAUUCAAGACCCCGAUGAUCUCUUCGUGUGGUAGCAGUCGAACCACUUUUACAGCUUGCGGGCUGUUCAACUGCAUAUUGUGAACAGACUACUCGGUAGACGUUGUUGUCGGUUAGCUUAGUCUUGUUGUCGUUUGAUUCGGUCCGACCAUCCACACCGAUACUCUUGCAUGCAUGGAUUCCUUCAGUCACUAUCGUUUCAUUUCGCCACAGCGGCGCUCAACACCUGCGUGCGGAAGAAUGCACCCUUCGUCUUCUCAAUGACCUGUUGGUACACACUCUGGGGAGGAUGGUUCAUGACUACCGUUCCAGCCUGGUAAUCGAUUUUGGCGUCCACUUUGGUGUCGCGGAUGAGGUUGACAAUCCAUUUCUCACCUUCACUAGGAGAAAGUCCCAGGCGGGUGGAGAGGUCCCUAGAACAGCAAUGUUAGUAUUUGAGGUGUGUGAAACGGUGAAAAGACGCAGUGGGCGGGGGGGCCAUGGGACCUACUUGAUGUCAAUUCGC